AUGGCGCGGGAAUCGGCCUUACAAAUUCUCACGUGCCGUCGGGCCUCACCCCUAAAGCAUCAUCACCGCCGUCCGGAGCCGCCUCCAAUCUUCGAAAAAAAAGCCCAACGCCUUUCAUCGCCGCUAACGGCCUUAGAUUCCUCCUCCGGUCGCGCCUACGGAAGCUACGAGGAGGUUUUGGACGAUCCCAAGAUUGAAGCCGCCUACAUUCCGCUCGCCGACGAGCUUGCACGUGCGCGGGGCUUGGCGGCCGCGGAGAAGGGGAAGCCACUGUGCCUGCUUGAGAAGCCGACGCGUUGUGUUGUCUUGUGUAGAAUUGGAUCGAUCCUGAGGUUUGCUGCCCAGCUAAUAAGGUUUCAGUUCAAGUUUCAUGGAUACUACUUGUGGAUGCAUCAUCCGAGGACCGCUAAGAUGAAGGAGCUGCUGAUGGAUCCGACCCGAUUCGGACAGCUCAGAACGGUAAACAGCAUUUUCACUUUUGCCGCUGACCCAGAUUUCCUCGAGAAUGACAUCCGUGUAAAGCCAGACCUCGACGCCCAUGGAGCUCUCGGUGACGCGGGCUGGUACUGCAUCCGGGCCAUCCUCUGGGCCACUGACUACCAACUUCCAAACCGAGCCAUCGCCCUCCGAAACCCCAUCCUCAACACCGCCGGAGUCAUCCUUGCCUGCGGCUCUUCCCUCAUUUGGGACGACGGCAAGGUUGCCACUUUCCACUGCUCCUUCUUGAGUCAUCUCACUAUGGAAAUCACAGCCCUGGGAACAAAAGGAACUCUCCAUUUGAGUGACUUCAUAAUUCCCUACGAGGAGAGCUCGGCUGAGUUUUCAUUCAGUUCAAACGCAGGGUUCGAUGAGUUGGUGACGAGGUGGGACCCUAUGCCAAGCAAGCAUGUAGUUGCCACUGAAUCGCCUCAAGAAGUCAGAAUGGUUGCAGAGUUUGCGAGAUUGGCUGCGGGAAUCAAGAGGUCUGGAUUAGAGCCAGAGAGAAAAUGGCCCGAGAUUACGAGGAAGACGCAGUUGGUUCUCGAUGCUGUGAAGGCUUCUAUUGGGAAGGGGUUUGAAGCUGUAGAGAUUGUUGGAUGAUGUAAGUUUUCUAUGGAAAAUGUUUGUCUUCGAUCAUGUGAGACAGUGGUGAAGGUUAUCUUAUCCCAAUUUGAAAUGCUUACUUAAAAAUCUUGUGAGCUAAGAAACUAUAGACUUUUGGUGAAGUUGUGUGUAUAUCAUGUUA